GGCAUCCCCACAGCAGGCUCUACCAUGGUAUCAAGAGAGCAUGUGGGUACCAGGAUGGGUCUGCUGCGACAGAGGUGCACCAGGCACUUGCUCUGCGCGCUGAGCCUCCUCAAAGCUGCCGGGACCUUGGCCUUGAUGCUUUAUGCACUGCUGUGGGAAGCAGGGAAUCUGGUCAACCUCCCUGACAAGCGCAUUGGCUUUUACAACUUCUGCCUGUGGGAUGAGACAGCCCGGGAGCUGCAGUGCCUGGACUACAAGCAUCUGCAGGUGACGGGCAUCAGCCUACCAGGAGUGGCGCUAGCCAGGGUUUGUGUGGAUACCUGCCUCGUCUUCAGCAUCUUCUACCCCAUUUUUUUCACACAUGCAAAGUGCACAGAGGAAAAAGGUGGCUGGAAGAUGAUCCUCAUCAUACUCAUCACCUAGACAACAAUCCUGUCUGGAGGCCUGGGUAUGUUUCUUUUCCAAACCUCACAGUGGAUUCACCCCUGUGACUUCACUGGGGGCUUCCUGGCACUGCUUGGGACUCAGGCUCUGCUACUGCUCCACAUUCUCACUGCCACCAUGUACCUCAGCUGGGCCAAGCACACACACACCCAUGUCAAAGCCAUUCAACAGAAGACCCUGUCCAUUGAGAUUUGA